GACUGUCUUGCUGCUGAAGCGUGGCUUGCAAAAGAGCGAGCUAGCCAGGCUGAUUUACCAGCCAGCUUGUAUCCGUCACAGACUCCUGUCUGGCAGCGAGAACCACUUGAGGAGAUGAAGAUUCAUCCGACUGUUUCUUUGCAACAGCAGCUUGCUGCAAGCUAUUCCUCUAUACGGACAGAGGUCUCACCUAUCCCAGAAGUUAUUUAUUCCAGACAUUCGUCAUCUCUUUUACCAGACCAAACUGAAAUAGUUUCCUUGUCUUCCCCUUCUGUGUCAAAGACGGCUGUACCAUAUUCAUCCGAAUUUAAAUCAGCUAGUCCAAUCGGAUUGAUUACUAAUGAGGCUGAAGAAGAUACAAAACAUGAGAAUUUUAACGAUGAUAAUGAUGCGGAUACUCUAAAUUUUGGGGCACCAUUAGAACAUCCGGUUGUCGAAUCACUGUUACUGGGUAAUCCUGUAGGAUCGCUUCACAGUCCAGUCAUAUCUUGUUCUUCACUGCAGGAGAAAGCCACUACAUCUCCUGAAGAUACUCCAUCGAGUGAUAGUAAAGAUGACGAAGAAGAACUUGUUGAAACCUGGCGUGAUGUAUUUGGCUGA